AUGGUCAUGGGGGCUUCAUCAGCAGAGCAGAGUUCUUGUCAGAGUACAGAGAAGAGUCAACAAGAUGCCAGCGAAGACAAUAAUGCCAGCGCCAGCGUGAUCGCUGUGUCGCCGUUUCCACCGCCCCCCGAUGGUGGCGGCCUGGCGUGGACUCAAGUCUUCAUGGGCCACUUGGUGCUGAUCAAUGGCUGGGGCUACCUUAGCUCAUUUGGCCUCUUUCAGUCUUACUAUACGUCCACCUUCUCGGAGACACCCUCGGCCAUCAGUUGGAUUGGCUCUAUUCAGAUCUUCCUGGUGUACCUCAUCGGGACAUUCUCUGGGAGGGCACUCGAUGCUGGCAAAUACCACUUCACCGUCCGGCUCGGAUGCUUCCUGCAAGUACUGGGCAUCUUCAUGUCGUCGAUCUCGACCCAGUACUGGCAGCUAUUCUUGGCGCAGGGAGUUUGUAAAGGAAUUGGAGAUGGUCUUGUUUUUUGCCCUACAGUUUCUCUGGUCGCAACCUAUUUCUCAAAGAAGCGAUCUUUGGCUAUGGCCUGCACGGCAUCAGGGGGUGCAACAGGAGGUAUUAUCUUUCCAUUGAUUGCCCGACAAUGCCUUGGGCCUCUGGGCUUUGGAUGGACGGUCAGGAUCAUGGGGUUCGUCGUCCUGUUCAACUCGAUCCUGAUCACCAUUCUGGCCCGUGUUCGGCUUCCUCCUCGAAAGACUGGCCCCAUCUUUGAAUGGGCUGCUUUCCGAGAGCCCUCGUAUAGUCUGUUCUGCGUAGGCAUGUUCUUCAACCUAUGGGCUGUCUAUUUUGCAUAUUUCUAUAUCAGCUCAUUUGCCAAGUCGGUCAUCCAUAUUGACUCAGCCACAUCACUCACGCUCCUCUUAACUAUGAACGCCAUUGGUAUCCCCGGCCGACUUGCUUGUGGUCUCACUGCAGAUCGUCUACUUGGCCCAGUCAACACACUCAUUCCUGUCGCAUUCUGUGCAGGCAUUCUAUUCUACAGCUGGGCAGCCAUUACCACUGAGACUGGCUUGUAUGUAUUCUGCGUCAUUUACGGCUUCUUUGGUGCUGGUAUUCAAAGCCUAUUCCCCGCAGCAUGCGCCAGCUUAACUAGCGAUCUGACAAAGAUGGGCACGCGGACCGGCAUGUGUUUCUCCAUGGUGUCUGUGGCGUGCUUGACCGGUGCUCCAAUUGCAGGCGCUUUGAUCCAGAGGCACAAUGGAGGAUACUUGUUUGCUCAAGUCUUUGGAGGGUCAGCGCUGAUAGGCGGCAGCUUGACACUCGUGGCCGCCAGGGUUUCCAAGAAUGGCUGGUCUUUCAGCACAAAAAUGUAA